AUGUCCAAGACCCCUACGUUCGAAGAGAUCACCAGCUGCCAGCGCGCCCUCUUCGAAUGGGCCGACAGCUACGACACGAAAGACUGGGAGCGUCUGCGGGCAAGCGUGGCCCCCACCCUCCGAAUCGACUACCGGUCCUUUCUCAACAAACUCUGGGACGCGAUGCCGCGCGACGAGUUCAUCCGCAUGGCCUCCGACCCGCGCUUCCUGGGCAACCCGCGCCUCCGGACGCAGCACCUGGUCGGGCUGAGCGCGUGGGAGAAGACGGCCGACGACGCCAUCGUGGGCCGCCAUCAGUUGCGCGUCGCCCAUCAGCGGUACACGGACGAGACCCUCGCCGAGGUGGCGGUCAAGGGCCAUGCGCACGGGACGGCGACCAUGUGGUACGCCCGCGUCGAGGGGGAGUGGCGGUUUGCGGGCGUGUGUCCCCAGAUCAACUGGACGGAGUUUGACUACGAUCAGGUGUUUGCGGAGGGGAAGGAGCAUUUUGGGGAGGAGGGCGGCGCGGACUCGGAGGAGAAUGGGCAUUGA